AUGUCCUGCUACAGCCCCUGCCGGCCCUGCCAGCCCUGCGGCCCGACCCCGCUGGCCAACAGCUGCAAUGAGCCCUGUGUCAGGCAGUGCCAGGACUCCACCGUCGUCAUCCAGCCCUCCCCCGUGGUGGUGACCCUGCCCGGACCCAUCCUCAGCUCCUUCCCACAGAACACCGCCGUGGGAUCCUCCACCUCCGCUGCCGUUGGCAGCAUCCUCAGCUCUGAGGGAGUGCCCAUCAGCUCCGGGGGCUUUGGCCUCUCUGGCUUGGGCAGCCGCUUCUGCGGCACCAGGUGCCUCCCCUGCUAAAGCUGAUGGAGAUGGUCCUGGGGAAGGUCCCCAGGGACCCACAAGAUGGUGGUACCGGACUGGGGACAGAGCAUUGUGCUGUUGCUUUCAGAGGCCCUGAGCAACCCCAGCACCCCUUGCAGAGGGACGGGUCCAGCCUGGGCUCUCAGAAAGCACGGCCCAUGCCUGCCUUUCCCCUCUUCCACUCUCUCCUUUCCCUCCCGUGUCCUUGCUCUCUUGUGCUGCCCUGGGCUGUGAACCCCACAACGCCAGCCUGGGGAGGACCUGCUGGC